CGACGCGUCGGUCAUGGGCCGCUGGUCUGUUUGUGCGGUAUGUUGGCACGCCGUUGCACAAUGCACGCGGCGCGCGCCGGGUACAAUGCAGGGCGGACACGGGUGGGCGCCGGACAGCCUGACGUCAUAGUUGUCCGGACAGCCGGCGGACACAGGCCGGACAGGGCAGACAAACGAACAUGGCAACGGUUACACAGAAAGACUGCCGGCAAUCGAUGGUCGCUCAGUGGUGCUCACGGAGGCGGCAGCGGCGCCGCACCGUCCGAUCAGCAGCCAUGGUCUCCUCGGCAGCUCUGCUGAUCGCCGCCGCCGCCCUCACCGUGGUCACCUGUGCCGGUCCGGUCGACGGUCAGUCCCCGCCGCAUCUCUACGGAUCGGUCCGGUCUCCGGCGGACGGGCCCGCAACAGACACCGAGCGGGCCGGCCGCCGAGUCCCGCGCGCCAUCGACGACAUCUACGAACUGGAGAUAUUCGAGUACGAGAUCGAGACGUCCGAGUCGCCGGGAGUCAGCACACAGGUCACCACCGUCGGAGGAGCGGAGUCGACCACCGGGCCGGCGAGUCUGACCACCUCUGACUCACUGACGACUCCAUCAGACACCCUGACGACCGCGUCAGACUCCCUGACGACAUCCGACUCGCUGACCACUCCACCCGCCACGGUCAGGGCCACGCCGACCCAGACCCUGACCGCUACAGAGUCCGGUCACCUGGUCGAUCAGUCCGACGGGAAAUCGGCCGGCUUUGCGACAGGACCAGCCGCCAUUGUGAUGGCUACCGCCCUGCUAGCGCUUAUCCUCGGCAUAACGCAUUAGCAUAACGCCGCCAGCAAACCAGGGUAUUUUUGAUGGGCAACAAGCUUCAAGGUGUAGGCUAAGGAGGCAGAGGCUUUCCAUGGUGGCCUCAUUUAUUGUUUCAUUUUGAUUUCAUUCUCAGUCUCAUGGACAAUGCCCAUUUUUGUUUUGUCCGGCUUUCAAGUGCCUCUCCGUUAUAUCUCUUCGUAAAUAAUAUGGGUGGUUGAAGCAUUGUGUCUGUUCCAGUCGCACUUCCUAACACCUCUAAACUCCUCCAAGGGCAAGAUAGAGGAGGUUGGAGCAGGGCCCUCUUUGGCAUUGUAGGGGUUAGAGAUGCCACUGGAACAGGGAAGCAAUCUUGGAGGAGUUUUUAGAGGUGUUAGGAAGUGCGACUGGAACAGACCCAUUAAGUGCCUGUUUGUACGAAGAAAUAUUGGUAAUAAAUGAAUCCUUCCCGUUGUA